AUGAUGUCAUUCGAGCAACAUACAUGGCCGUUUCGUGUAAUGACUUACAAUAUUCGUUUGGAUACUAUUAUUGAUGGUCGAAAUCAAUGGUAUUUUCGUAAAGAUCGUGUUAUUAAUCUUAUUCAACAUUAUUUACCUGAUAUUCUUGGCGUUCAAGAAUGUCUUCCUAAGCAGAUGACAGAUUUAACAUCUGGAUUAUCGAAUUACGGUUCUUAUGCUGUUGGUCGAAACGAUGGAAAAGAUAAUGGCGAGUGCUGUGCCAUAUUUUAUCGGCAUGAUCGUUUUGAACUCAAUGAUAAAGGUACUUUCUGGUUGUCAGAAACACCAGAUAAACCUGGUACUAAAGGAUGGGAUGCAGCUUUGCCACGUAUAUGCAGCUGGGUCAAACUCAGAGAUCGACUGAUGAACAAAGAAAUGUUUUAUUUCAAUACUCAUUUUGAUCACAAAGGUCUAGUAGCUCGUCGAGAAAGUGCUAAACUUAUCUUAACUCGUAUAGAACAGAUAGUUGGAUAUGCAACACAUGCAAUUUUGACUGGUGACUUCAAUUCAGGGCCUGAAUCAGAUGCUUAUCGUACAAUUACAAAUAACAUAAAAUUCGCAGAUGCAAAGCUUUCGACAGCAUCUGUUCAUUCUGGUCCUGAUGGCACUUGGUCUACCUUUGACGUAAAAUAUGAUAUAGGUGAUCGAAUAGAUUACAUUUUCAUUACGCCAGCACGUUUAGAAGUGCUACGACAUGCACAUUUAACUGAUUCCAAUAAUAAGUUUUAUCCCUCAGAUCAUCUACCGGUUUUGGCAGAACUGACUUAUAGAAAUUAG